AAGGACAGGAAAAGGAACAAUCUCUUUCUUUAUUGUCACCCCAACUGAGGACCAAACACUCAGUAUUAGUUCACAUAUGCGUAGAAGAAAAGUUUCCAUAUAUACAGACACCUUUUUGAGUCUUCACUGCCCAAUAUGCCUCCUUGUUCUUUAGUAGGAGUUAUUAAACAACACACCAAUCUUGACUUCAAGUCCUGAAACCAUAACAAAACAAAGCUGAUUUUCUUUUUUCUUUUUCCAAUCUCUCUCCUCAGCCAUGGGCACCUUCUUCGAAAAACCUUUAUUUUUCUGUCUUCUUGUUGCGGCGAGUCUAUGGUGGUGCUCAGUUUUUUCAACGGCUGAGCUUCCACGUUUUCACCAUCCUGUGAAGGCCGAUGGAUCUCUUAGCUUUCUGGUCGUCGGAGAUUGGGGAAGACAAGGACUUUACAACCAGUCCGAAGUUGCUAUUCAGAUGGGAGUGAUUGGAGAGAAGCUGGACAUUGAUUUUGUUAUCUCAACUGGUGACAAUUUCUACGAAGAUGGUUUGAAAAGCAUAAACGAUCCAGCAUUUUCUGACUCCUUUACCACUAUCUACACUGCCAAGAGCUUGCAGAGGAAAUGGUACAAUGUUCUGGGAAACCAUGACUAUAGGGGAAAUGUUGAAGCACAAUUGAGUGCAGUCCUCAGGGACAAGGAUAGCAGGUGGCUAUGCUUGAGAUCAUUCAUUCUUAAUGCAGAAAUUGUGGAAUUCUUCUUCGUAGAUACAACCCCAUUUGUGGAUAAGUACUUUACAGACCCAGGGAAUGAUACUUACGACUGGAAAGGAGUAUUGCCUCGGAAUAUUUACCUGUCGAAUCUUUUGGAGGAUUUGAAGUUGGCAUUAAGGAAUUCUAGUGCAAAAUGGAAGAUAGUUGUAGGUCACCAGACAAUCAAAAGUGCUGGAGAACAUGGCGUCACCCAAGAGCUUGUUCAGCAUUUACUCCCAAUUCUUCAGGAAAAUGAUGUAGACAUUUACAUGAAUGGGCACGAUCACUGCUUGCAGCAUAUCAGCAGUACAGACAGUAAAAUUCAUUUUUUAACAAGUGGGGGUGGCUCCAAGGCAUGGAGGGGUGGUGUUAAAUGGUGGAACCCAGAGGAAAUGAAGUUGUAUUAUGAUGGACAAGGUUUUAUGUCUGUGCAACUGACUCAAACCCAAGCUGAUUUCGUAUUUUAUGAUGUCUUUGGUAAUGUUUUGCACAAAUUCAUGGUGUCCAAAGAUCUUUCUUCUACCCCAUUUGAGAGGUUAAUCAAGGUACUACACAUACCGAAGAUAUUAAGGUAUGUUGGAAUGUAAAUGAUAAUUCAUAAGAAAACCCAAUUAUACAGAUAACAAUGAUUGUAUCUUUGCAUUAGGAGUCAAUGUUUAAGUAUGGACAUAUGUACUAGGCAUGAGGGAAAUUGUAACAACAUUAACCCUCUAUAGGACCUGCAGUGACGAAAGUUUCAUGCUCUAGGGUACCCAUCAUGGUAAAGAUGUACCUGUCGAAUAAUUCAAUUAGUACUAUAGCAAAAGGUAUAUUGCUCAUAAGAUCUUGGAUACUGUCU